AUGCGUCCAACUCAAAUACCUCAAAUAAGUAACAAUGGUUUUCUAAACGAUCGGGACGAAAUGGCAGUUUAUUUUGAAAUACAUGUAUAUUUUCCUUGUUUAGAAUCUGGUCUUGAUGAAACCAUCUAUAUAGACAACAGAAUUAUGGCAGAUGCUUUUGACGAAGAAAUAAAAAAUAAAUAUUUAGCCGCAAGUGAUUUAGGACAACAAGCUGAAAUAAUAAUAGAAAAUAAUCCAUAUUUACUCAUGCACCAAGCAUUUGAUAAAACUGCAACACGAUUGAAAAAAACUACAUGA